AUGGCCUCAUCAGAUCUCCCAUUUCCGAAUAACACAAGGAAUGACUCAUUAUUUGGUGGAGCUCGUCUAGGCAGAAGAAAGAGAACAGUCUUUUUACUACUACUGUUUGUCGUAUUCUUUGUAUUGUGGUUCAAUUCGGAUCUAGAUAGAGUCUCUAAUGAAGUGAAUAAUGUCUCUCAAGAAGAUCAAUUAGCAGACAAAAAAUAUAGACCAGUGGAACCAGUUGUAGAAGAUGAAGUGAUAGAUGAUGAACCAACUACCGCUCAAGAUGACAUAGAAUCUACUUAUGACAAACCUAUUCAAGGACAAAAACCCCCAGUUCAGCCAAAGCCAGAUCUGAUAAUAGAGAAACCCACAAUAGCCAAGAAUAGUCAUUAUAAAUAUUUUAUUAUCAUAGCCUCUCGAGUGGGUAAUGCAAGUCGCCGUCAAUUAAUAAGGAACACCUAUUUUGGAUUACAAGAUAACUUGGAACCCUGUAUGAAGAGAGAUAAGGGAAUCCAGUACUUGUUCUGGCUGUAUGGUGAUUUGCCAAAAGCAAAGUCUGCCGAGCGUCGUAUGUAUGAAACUGAAAAGAUGGAAUGGAAUGACUUUGUUAAAGUAAAAACGGAUGCAUAUGAUCAAGAUGCAGUCUUGAGAUGGGCAAAGGACUAUCUCAAGCGAAAUGAAAUCACUUUUGAUUACCUCGUCGUUCAAGAUGGUUAUUCUUUUACUCAUCUAAGCUACAUUCAACAAACAAUCGACAAAGAAAAGAAUAAUUUGCUUGCUACAACAUCAGGCACUGAUAUGGUCUGGUUUAACCCUCAGUUGAAAAAUGUAGUUGUGGCUGGUUCUAGUGCAUUUGAUAAACUGUGGGAAUAUGAGUCUGAUAUUGCUGAUAUCACAGACUCUGCAUCAGACUCUUCUUUGUUGGUGAGCUUUUAUCGCUUAAACAAGGCAGUUGAACUUCAAAGAAAGAUUAUCGAAUCCGAAUCUGAAGGUGAUCGAUUGAGCGAAUUCUUUAAAUUCCCUGUCUUCUUGGGCGAGCAAAACCGUAUGAUCACCUGGAGUAAUAAUGUUGAAACAGUUCCUGACUUGACUGUAUCUGUUGCUAAUGUGUAUCAAGAUGCUGAUUUUGUUUCUUUGACUCAAAAAUUGCGUCUUGAAGCAGCUUCUAUUUGUAAGGCCAUCGACAAGCCAGAUAUUGCCGUUGUCACCUCUUCUUUUAUCUACCCUGAUUCUUGUAUGGAGAAGGCUGCUCCACCUGCUGCUGAUAACAAGCGCGAAUAUGCCUUGGCUCAUAAUUAUGCUUUUGUUGCUCGAUCAACUGAAUAUGCUCAACAAGAUAUUCGUACUGAAAAGAGAAGGACUGUUUGGGGAAAGAUUGAUGUGGUACAGAAAGUGCUACCAAAAUAUGAAUGGAUAUUUUGGCUGGAUAUGGACGCUGUCAUUAUGAACCCCAAGCACACCGUUCAAGGCAUUCUUGAUGAUCUUCGAAGCAAAUACCCUGGUGGCCCCGAAAAGUUUGAAGAGAACAUUGAUUUGGUCAUUGCUAAACCUACCCGUGACAAGAUGAUCAAUGCUGGUGUCUUUUUCAUGCGCAACACAAAGUGGGCUCAAACUUUCUUAAAGGAUGUUCAAAACUUUAAAAAGUGGUAUAACCAGUCUCCUUCUUAUGAGCAAGGCGCCAUGUGGGAAUUGAUUCAACUUGACAAGCACAAAUCUCAUGUUCUCUUGCUCGAUAAUGAUGAUCAUACCUUCAACACACUCCCCAAGAGAUACAUACCUGGAGAUUUUGUUGUUCAUUUUGCGCCUGACAAGUGUCCUGGUCCUGCUGUAUUGGAAGGUUUAGAAGCAGUAAAAAGAAUUCAAAAUGGAGAAGUGUUUACACAUUUUGAAGAGUCAUGA